AUGUCACUGAACUACAAACAGGCCGCAAAGGUUAUUGAAAAAGUCUUGAAGAAGAAGUGUAGCGUGAAAACUGCUAUUUACCAAGACGACCAAAUCAAGAACAAAACAGUGAUAUUGGCCAUUGUUUCGAAAACACUCUCAAACUCCAAAGUCAUUGAAAAGCUCAUCAGCGAUAUCAAAGACUUCUCAACGAUUAAAGAGCAUUACACUUUAUUGGUGAUGUUAAACGACUUUAUGACGACUGGGAGAAUAAGCGGAGGAGGAGCUAUCAAGCGAAUGAUACUAGCGAAUAAGGAGUCGAUACCGAAACUCGAAACUCAAUCGACGACACCACUCUUUAAAUAUUAUCGAAUGAACUCACUUGUUACAACACAAUUUCCGGGUAUCACAAAUACAGUUGAAACGGAUAAGGAAAUACCGUUCUUAUUUAAGAUCACCCCACCACUCAAGUUACAAAUUGAGAGUUUGAUAUCACAAGACAAGCCAAGUUGCUUUCCGGCUUUCAUAUUGAACCCCGAGGAAAAUAGCGAAUGCAUUGAUGCAUGCGCAGCACCGGGGAAUAAAACUACACACUUAGCUGCAAUAAUGAAAAACACGGGGAAGAUCUAUGCAUUCGACAAAGACAAAAAGAGGGCGGAGUUGUUACAGAAAAACGUUGAGAAGUGUAACGCGAAAAACGUGGAAGUGAGUUGCAACGACUUUUUAAUGGUAGAUCCCAACGACGCUAAAUACGAAAAGGUGAAGUACAUCUUGUGCGAUCCUUCAUGCAGCGGAAGUGGAAUAUUAGAACGGAAAAACUUGGGCGAAAAAAUGGACGAGGAACGAUUAAAAAAAUUGGCGGAAUUCCAAACGUCAGUUGUGCUGCAUGCACUUAAGUUCAAAAAUGUGAAGAAAGUGACGUAUUCGACAUGCAGCGUCAACGUGGAGGAAAACGAGAUGGUUGUCAAACGGGUGUUGAGUCAAAACAAAGACUUCAAAUUGGAAAAAGCAUUGCCUUCUUGGGAAAGAAGAGGAAUAAAGAUAGACGACGAGUUGAGUUAUGAAGAUUGUGUUAGGGUUGAUCCCGAACUCGAUCAGAUGACGGGGUUCUUUGUCGCACUUUUUGUCAAAAAUGAUUGA